AUAGAAAUUGAACGUAAAGUGCAAAACGCACUAAACUUUGUGAUAUUCUCAUUGUGUGGAUGUCACAAAUGGACACAAUGGCCCUCAUCAAGGAAAGAUAACCCAAUCACAAUGAGUAAGAAGUUAGGCGGCUGUCCACCCAGAUGGGUCAACUGUCCCAGAAAAGGAGUGCUUGUUCAAGGAAAGUUUUUGCCCUUCAAGACUAUGUUGGAUAGUAAAUAUGAUGACCAGAUACCAGAGUACAGUCGCUUCAACCCAGAUCUUCUAUUUUCCUCCCUGAAAACCAUGAAACUGAAAAUGGGCCUCCUGAUUGACCUAACAAACACCAAUAGAUUCUACAACAAAGAGGAGAUAGAAAAGAAUCAUGACUGUAAAUAUGUUAAACUCCAGUGUAGAGGUCAUGGAGAAACACCUGCUAGUGAACAUGUGGAUAUUUUCAACAAUCUAUGUCACCAUUUCAUCUCUCAAAAACCACUAGAAAUCAUUGGUGUACACUGUACUCAUGGCUUCAACAGAACAGGCUUCCUGAUCUGUGCUUACCUGGUGGAGAAGUUGUCAUGGAGUAUAGAGGCAGCUGUCCAUACAUUUUCCCAGGCGAGGCCACCUGGUAUAUAUAAACAGGACUACCUGGAAGAGUUGUUCACACGGUACGGUGAAAAGGAAGAUACGCCUCCGGCCCCUGCCCUGCCAGACUGGUGUGAUGAAACGGAUGACCAGGAUGAUAAUGGUAAUGCUAUUAAUGGUGAGAGUUCUGCUGAGGGAGGAGGAUUUAAAGGACGAAGAAGAGAAUUUGUCAAAAAAGAUGCCAAGUUUAUGGAGGGUGUGAAAGGUGUAUCACAACUUCGUCUACAACCCAAACUGGCAGAGAUACAGAGACGUUGCCAACUCAUGUGUGGCUGGAACAGCUCUGGCUUUCCUGGUUCACAACCCGUUUCAAUGGAUAUUAAGAAUCUGUCAUUUGUCCAAAAGAAACCGUACAAAGUCAGCUGGAAAGCUGAUGGAACAAGAUAUAUGAUGCUGAUUGAUGGAAAGAAUGAAGUGUUCAUGUUUGACCGAGAUAAUACUGUAUUCCAUGUACCAAACCUUGAAUUUCCACGCAGGAAGGAUCCUAAAAGUAGCAUCAAAGAUACUCUCCUUGAUGGGGAGAUGAUCUUAGACAAGAUUGACGGCCGAACGGUCCCACGAUACCUCGUGUACGACAUUGUAAGAUUUGAGGGAAACGAGGUCGGAAAGACCAGUUUUAAUACACGAUUACACUGUAUUGAGAAAGAAAUCAUUGGACCACGUUAUGCAAAAAUGGCGCAAGGACAAUUGGACAAGAACAAGGAGCCAUUUAGCAUAAGGGCCAAACCUUUCUGGGACGUCACAGUUUGUCGGAAGAUACUAGACGGCCAUUUCUCAAAGCAAGUCAGCCAUGAGGUGGAUGGUCUAGUCUUCCAGCCUGUACCUGAUCCAUACUGUGCUGGCAGAUGUAUGGAGGUGCUCAAGUGGAAACCUCCAGAUCAAAACUCCAUCGACUUUAAACUCAAGAUUGUAAAAGAGAAACGCGAAGGGAUGCUUGCUGAAAACAAAGCUUAUCUGUACGUGCUGGGACUGGAACCCCCAAUGGCCAUGAUGAGGUAUACUAAGAGUAUUAAGGACCUUGAUGGUAAAAUUGUGGAGUGUUCUUGGGAUGGGAAGGAGUGGAAGUUUAUGAGGCAGCGAACAGAUAAAUCUCACCCUAACAGCUACAAUACAGCUAUGGGAGUUUGGCAGAGUAUACAGACACCAGUGACUAAAGACAUUCUAUUCAAUGCUGUGGAGAAUUUACCAAGCCAUUUAACUAAACAGGAACAAGUGAGAACACGUCCGCCUGUGAGCGGGGGUAGUGACAGAGAUCUCAUGCCUCCGCCUGCCAAACAAGUUAGACGGGAGAUGACAGGCACAUGACAGUGGUUCUAAUUUGAUUCUGAUGUCUUAAAUAUCACUACACAUUUUGAAGAAGUUCAAAAUGUCUGGUGUCUCAACAAACCAGUAUGGAAGUAUACUUCUGUAUAGUGAAAUGAUGAGAAAGAUGCAUUGUCAAUGAUCUCUAUGUAAAGGAAUUAGGACAAGAAACUAGCCAUUUAUAUAAAACAUCUGGAAUGUGAAGAAUGUGAAAUAUGUCUUGAAUUAAAAUUCUUGUCAAAGAUAAGCUGUAAUGUAAGAGAUUUGGUGUUUUGUGAUGACAUCUUUGGUAGAAUUUUACAAGUAGAUACUAUCCAAUAUUAAUCUAUCACUGAAACAACCUUUUUUAUUUGUUUGCUUUGAUAUUUGAUCUAGUCCUUUGCAGUCUGCAAGAUAAUGUAGAAAUCCACCAAGAAAAUGAAGUAGAACACAUUCAUUUAGUUUUGAGGGGUUUGGUGUUUUGUUGUUUUAAGGUUGGAAUAAAGUCGCAGAAAGAGGACAGUUUGAAAAUCAAAAGACAAAAAUUUGAAGCCAGUUUUGCAAUUUUCCUGAAAACUGUAUUCCCUUUUUUAAAAAUUGUUGACAAAAAAUUGAAAAUCAAAAACAUUGAAACACUGUUCAUCAAGACCAUUAAUCUCGAGACCACUUUAGGCUGAAACUACAUGACAACAUUUCUUUGUAUUACCAGGUACUAAAUUACAGCGAAAUGAUCUUACAAGACUGACAAUGCUAGUCUCUGAACCUGUGACUUUGAAAGGACUAGCUGUAUCCCCUGUGGAUUUUUUGACAGGACCUGUUGGUGCAAUGUUUAUAAGUGCUGUGUUUUUCAUACAUUGGAUAUUGCAUCAUUGUAAUUAAUCAAUCCUGACAUAUUGAUCAGGGUCACUUGAAUGUUUGUUCCAUGUCUUCCCAUCUUAGGAGAUUUAAGCAGAUUAUUGUUGAAGAAUUCAACUUCUAGGUCGAUUUUAUGUGAAUAAAAUCAUGAUUGUGUCAGACUCUUCAUAAAGCAUUUUGAUUAUGUUUUAAGAAUCUCCCUUUUAAAAAAAUGUCCAUUAUAAAAUUUAUUAGGCCAUUAAAAUGCUGUUUUCAUGAAAGUUUGCAAAAUUUAUAAAGAUUGUGUGUUAACUCUAAUUACAGAAUUGUUCAUUCUUUCCAGUUUGAUACAAGCUUAAAGAAAAUAGUUAUUCAUUAAUCUUUCACCAGAUAAAAAGAUAAAUUCUCAGACUCAUUUCAUAGAUAUCAUGAAAUGGGAACUCAUGUAAUAUCCUCUACACAGGGGAAAGUCAUCAGGAGUUCUGUUAAUUUCUCGUUUGAUGAUAGAUUUAUUUCACAUCGCUGGCAUUGAAUCUUGCAUAUCUUAUGUUUUUGAAAUGAGACAAUAACGUAAAUCAGUUUUAUAAAGGUUUCCUUUAUCAUGGUAUUAGGUUACAUUACGCACCUGAAUUGAGUCUACUUUUGACACCUGCCACAGAUAUUGAAGUCUCAUUAAACACUUACAUCCUAUUCUGUAACUUCAAUGGAUUUGUGUUUUUGUGAUGAUCCUCUCAUAUCAUUCCAGUGAUAUUUCAUACAUAACAGGUGCCAUAGAGUGAAUUCAUUAUCACAAACUUGUUUGCCUAAAAGCUAGAGCAAAAAACACUUUGUCCAUUACUGGUGUCUUAAGGUAUGAUACCCAGUAUUGUCCGUUACAGGUGUCUUAAGGUAUGAUACCCAGUAUUGUCCGUUACAGGUGUCUUAAGGUAUGAUACCCAGUAUUGUCCGUUACAGGUGUCUUAAGGUAUGAUACCCAGUAUUGUCCGUUACAGGUGUCUUAAGGUAUGAUACCCAGUAUUGUCCGUUACAGGUGUCUUAAGGUAUGAUACCCAGUAUUGUCCGUUACAGGUGUCUUAAGGUAUGAUACCCAGUAUUGUCCGUUACAGGUGUCUUAAGGUAUGGUUCCCAGUAUUGUCCAUUACAGGUGUCUUAAGGUAUGGUACCCAGUAUUGUCCAUUACAGGUGUCUUAAGGUAUGGUACCCAGUUUUGUCCAUUACAGGUGUCUUAAGGUAUGGUACCCAGUAUUGUCCAUUACUGGCGUCUUAAGGUAUGGUACCCAGUAUUGUCCAUUACAGGUGUCUUAAGGUAUGGUACCCAGUAUUGUCAAUUACAGGCAUCUUAACGUAUGGUUCCCAGUAUUGUCCAUUACUGGUGUCUUGAGGUAUGGUACCCAGUAUUGUAUUAUUCUACACAGUUAAAACUGGUGUCCAUAUUUUCAACCCCGUUGGACAGAAAUAUCCUCAACUUCCGGUGAGGGUAAAGUAUUUCUGUCUAACCCCAGCAAGACAGCCUGCAUGCACGGAAAGUGACAUUUCUGGUUCAUGUUGUAAAUGAUGUCAUUUUUAUGACGUGUCAGGGUCAUUUGGGGUCAUGGACGCCAAUAAGAAUUGUCAUUUGGGUCUCAAAUGCAAAUGACUAUAUCAAUGGUUAUAUGUCACGUGUAUUUAUUUGCUUAUUUAUUUUCAAGGGAAAAAAGGGUAGAAAAAGAUCAUUGCCUACCUUGAGGGUAGGAUAGAGAAAGCUAUACCUUCGGAAGAGAUUCCUGACAAUCUAACCCUCGGCAAAGUCUCAGGUUAGACAAUCAAGAAUCUCCUCCUCGGGGAGAGAUUUCUUUGUCCUACCCUCCAGCUAGGGAAAGAUCCUAUUAAUGUCAAAUUGAUACAUAUUAAUUUAUUUUCAUUGCUUUGACUGGCUAGGUACACUUCUUCUUUUACAGGCUUAAACACCAAGGUGUAGUCAUGAACAGGUACUUGUCACAACUUAUUUUUCCCAUUGGUAGCACCGUUUUACACAUCAGAGAAUAUCAAAUGAUACUGAGAAAAAACUCCAGAGCCUGUGCACAUAUUAUUAUAUUAAAUAUAUACCAUUAGGAUCCUACUUCAUUAUACACAAGUGAUCAAUAUCAUAUGUGAGAACUGGAGUACUAGAAGUCAUUUGGUGUAUAAUGUCCUUCUUUUAUUCAUUUACAAUACACUGGUAUUUCUCAGAGACCCGAGCAAAUUAAAGAUAAUAAAGAUUCUAAUUGAGAUCAUA